GUCAGUACUUCGGAUGCACUGACAGGUGGCUGACUGAGUGCGCCUGGUCGGGUUUUCAGUGCGCGGCACUGUCAAACAUUUCAGUUCUGUAUACCAGUUACUUGGCAAUUAUAUUUUAUUUAACCACGAUUAAUAAUUACUAACUUUAAACCAGUUUUAUUUCAUCAUAGUGUUACACAAUAGUGGACAUUUCUGCUGUAUUUUUAUUACGAUUAUCAAAGAGAUAGACCUGAAAGAGUGAAUGAGAUUCCGCCGUCGAUUUCAGCGACACAUGGAAUUAUAUGCAGGACUGUGAUGGGAGAGUUCCAGCGCAGCCGCAGUAAGGUGUGGUGGUCCAACUUAGAAGCAGAUAUAGAAGACGACCGAGUCGUUGGUUGGGGAGGUGCAGGCCACGUUCUUAGCCCUUCUCGUGGUUCUUCCAGCAGCCCUAGUAGCAGCCAUAAAAGUCAGGACUCCGGCUUCUCCGACUCUGAAGCAUCUUCAACACCAACAGCGAGUGGAGAAUCUUUUAAACCUUCCCCACUUCCCAGUGAGGAACCAGACUGUAAUGUAUCUCCUGCCCAGCAUCCACAGGACGUGACAGGACUUCAGCGGGAGUGUGGGUGUCCUCAAACUGAAAAUAAAGUUUCCGAGGAACCAAACCUUGUCCUUCCUAAAUCUCCUGUUAGUAAACUGAAAAGACAAGUAUUUUCGCAGUGUGUCUGCCUUGGUGAAACAUCAAGGAAUGAUAUUCGCGAUAGUACUAUAGUACAAGCUGCUGGACAAAUAGUUGGUACCUCAGAAUUUUCCCAGACGAACAUAGAGUGCCCUGCACAGUUACCAGUGAAAAUACUCAGAGAAAAGUUUCUGCAAGAGUGUAUGUGCCUAAAUCAAGCACCCGAAAGCAGCUGUGUUCCAGAGCGUGCCGACAAAUCACCCAACAAACCCACGUCACCACUGCGAACAGAGACACAGACGUGUCAGAGACUCCCCCAGUCAUCAAGUGAAGAAUGUACAAGAACAGAUGCCGACGAUGUUAGUAAACAGUAUUUACAACAGCGAGAAGACCACAAGGAAUUAUCAAGCAGGGAGACGUCGAGUAAACCAGAUGAGUGUGUGAAUUCAAUAGAAAGUCUUGAUGAACACAACUUGCAAAAUAGAUCACAAAACUCUCUCAACCGCUCCGUUCCAGUGCCAACUAUACGGACCCCACCACGUAACCAAAAAGAAUCUCCAAGUAAGUCUGUUCGGGAAAGUCCCGUCCCUUCACCGCGGAGCCUAAAUCCAAACCAUUCUCAUUGCAACACAAGCAAACUAUCGCCAACUCGGCCAUCGGCAGAAGGAUCAAACAAUGUUCACUCAUCAUCCAAAGAAACCAACAAAAACACAAAUCUUUCAGUAGAAACUCUAGCCAGCCAAGGUUGCUCUCGUCAUCAGCGAACGCCACUGCCAAAUUCGCGGAGUCCAAAAUCUUUGUCGCAUCAGUCACCGGCAGGUGAAAGUACUGUGCGUUCUCCUAGGACUUCUUCUAAUCGCGAAGAAUCUCCAUCUGUGAAGCCUCUGUGCUCGGAAUUACCAGAACAUCUUGGUUCCCCGACUCAUACAUCGACUCCUAAAACAUCAUCAACAACCACUCCGAAUAAACUCCUCGUAACACCGAAUCGGCCUCUUCGCUGUCCGGGCUCAGGCAAGAAGUACGGUCGCCCUGUGAAUCUAUUGAACAACUUCAGCAGAGGCUUGCAGCCAGAGAGCACCGGUCCUGAGAGGAAUCCUGUGCAACGGUGGUUAGGAGAACUAGCAACCCUUUAUGAGCCAGAGUGUAUGACCACACUCCAGAGCAAGUCAUUGGCCGUGGACUUGAAACAUCAGGUUGCCAUGAUGGCUGCUGCUGCCACCAAUACUGUCAAGAUGCUGCAGGAGGGCACCAGGCUUAUCUCUACUGAGUUUGCAAAACUCUGCCAGCAGUUGGAUUAUGGGAAGACGGAGCAUGUUGGUCCUUUAGUGCAGAGUCUGGUGGGACUUGUGACAGAAUUUCUACAUGAGCACUGCAACAAGCAGGAGAAGACUGGAAAGGAAUCAGAGGCUAAGCAUAAGAAGCUGACAGAGGUGUGCGACCAACUACGCCUCACAGCAGCCAUGCAGCCUCCCAACAAAGAGCAGCUUACCUCUGAGAUUACAGAACUAGGGAAUAAAUUCACAAGAAUUGUGGACAACAUACUCAUUCAACAUAUAUCUGUAUUAGUGGGCGUGUUGGAGGAACCUGCUUCAGAUAUGGCACUGCGCUCAGCACUUGCCAGCUUGACUACACUUAGUCUUGAGGGUCCUCAUCUGAGUCGUCUGGUUGCUCACUGCAGUGGAGUCCGUGCCUUGCUGUCUAUCUGUCUUGAAUCCCGAUCAUCUUCAAUCCGAACUGCAGCCCUGCGUGCACUUGCGACAGUGUGCUGUGUAGUUGAGGCCAUCCGCCAAUUGGAACAGGCAGGUGGAGUGGAGAUCCUAUCUGAAAUGCUGUCUGAAGAAACAAGGCCUGAGCCUGAAGCUUCAGAAGCAGCAGCUGUGCUUGCCCAGAUCACAGCACCCUGGGUGGAAGACAAUCAUACUGUGCAUGGUUUAUCUGAACAGCUGCCCUCUUUGGUCCACUCACUCACACGUCUAGCCAGUACUACUGCAUCUUGUGAGACACUGCUCCUUUCAGCAGCUGCACUUGCAAACCUAACAUUCAUGGAACCACGAACGGUAUGGCCAUUACUGGAGCAGGGAACAGCUGGAAAGCUGCUUCAGGCUGUGAAGAGAAGGGGACCCAAAGUGUCUGUAUUCCUGCAAGAGCAGGCAGCCACUCUCCUUGCCAACAUGGCUGCAGUACCUGAAAGCAGACCACACCUUGCUGAGCAGCGAGCAGUUGUGGCCCUACUCUGCUUCCUGCAAAUACGACACUCCCCUCUCCAGAGAGCUCCAGAGAUAGCAGCUGCUGAAAGAGUGCAACAGAAAUCUGCCAUUGCUCUCUCCAGGUUAUGCAGUGACCCGACAGUGGCAACACAGGUAGUAGAGCUCCAGGGAGUGAAUCGACUCGUAAGGCUCUGCAAGGAGGAGAGGGAGAGGAACCAUAGUGAUGGAGUUCUAGUGGCAUGUCUGGCUGCUCUGAGGAAGAUAUCAGCCAACUGUGGCACCAAAGUAAUCGAGGACCUUGAUGCUAUGGAACUUGUUGAACCACGCCUCCUGGAUUCGUUUCUCAUAUAUUCAUCUCGACAAGAAAGCUAUGUGUGAGCAAGGACAAGAAUUCCUCAUGAAAUACGUGCAUCACAGCCAGAAGUAUUGCAGUGUGACAGUGAAAACAUACCAAAUAACUGGACAUGUAUGCGUGUAUAUAUAUAUAUUAAUUCCCUUAUUUAUGUACAUAAUUUUACAUUCAUAUGUGUAAAAAAUAGACUUUUAAACAAUUUCUUAAAAUGCAAUUAAAUUGACACAAAUAUAUGACAUAUAUGACAAGA